AUGUGUUUGAUUAUCGUAACAUCAUUAUUGAAGAAAUAUCGGGCAGAUGAGCUGGAAUCGCUUCUGAAUCCGAACAGCGCUAGCGAUAGGCAAACCGUGAACUUCGGUAGCAGUUUUUCAGAGGAUUCUCCUCGUGGAGUAAUUUCGCUGACAGCUGCUGAAGCUGGUGAUCAAGUACACCCCAUUGGAUUUGCUUCGAAGAGUAACAAAUUACCCGAAUUUCCAAAAAACGAACUGGAAGACAGCAUUUCUAAGCAACAGCGUGACUUUAUCCUUGGUUUACCGAAUCUAACAGAUCCCUUUCCAGGCGAUCCAUGUUUUCGGAAUUACGAAGAUUACAUUAUUGUGAAUGCGCAACCAUAUGAACGUCGCUCUAAGAUGGUGCUGCAACAGUGCAAGCAGCGAUGCAUGCAGUCUCAAACAGGCAUUUAUAGCUGCCGAUUUGUGAUUUAUUUGCGCAUCAAGGCGAUCAACUACCAGCAAAGUAAGCUUUUUUGCUCCUGUACCGUAGCAGAGUUGGCUAACGGAGUCAUAAUCGAAACUGAGCACUACAGCAAUCCCUACAACGAGCGAUCUGCUGGAGGAGGCGGAAAAGCAGGAAAACUGUGA